CCAUGUGUUUGGAUUUUCCACUUGGAAGUGAAACUAUGAAAAAAGGGAACUCACUCUCAUCGGUCUGUUGCACAAAACAGGACAUUUAAUAGCAGGAAUGAAUCUGAUCCAUGGAGGGUUGAAGGACAUGUCGAGCUCUGGUUUUAUCUCCAGUUUGAGCUCGUUUCACUGGAACAAUGAUUAACUCAGAGCUGAGAGGUUAAAGAGCGUCUCCAGAGCAGAGGAGUCACUCAGUCUGACUGCAGGCUGUGGAGAGGAAGCUCAUCUGCAAACCACCUGAUCUGACCCCUUCCAGUCCCCACAGCAAUGGACCCGUUUAUCGGCUCAACUCCGAGGGAAACUGUGAAGCAAGUUUCAGACUUGCUGGGCUGCAGUCCGACCUCUGCAGAGGUGGCUUCAUACUUCGACCAACACGACACACUGAGACAUCUCAGAGAGAAGUUCCUGGUGCCCAAAAUUGCAGAUUUGCCUCCGUCUGAUCCCUCGCUGGUCGACGGCAGCAAGGAGUGCAUCUACCUUGUGGGAAACUCACUGGGGCUUCAGCCCAAAAUGGCCAGGAAGUAUCUGGAGGAGGAGCUGGAUAAAUGGGCCAAAACGGGUGUUCAUGGUCACACAGAGGGCUCUCGACCCUGGGCGUGGGCUGAAAACAACAUCGAGGAACUCAUGGCUAAUGUUGUUGGAGCUAAAACUGAAGAGGUGGCGCUGAUGAACGGCCUGACAGUUAAUUUACACCUUCUAAUGCUUUCCUUCUACAAACCCACAGCAGCUCGACACAGAAUCCUUCUAGAAGACAAAGCCUUUCCUUCAGACCAUUACGCUGUGGAGUCUCAGAUCAGGCUGCGAGGAUUCGACCCUAAGCAGAGCAUGCUGCUGCUGUCACCCAGACCAGGAGAAGAGACUCUGAGAACAGAGGACAUCCUGGACGUGAUCGAGAAGGAGGGCGACUCCAUCGCUGUGGUGAUGUUCAGCGGCGUUCAGUAUUACACCGGCCAGCUGUUCGACAUGGCUGCCAUUACCGAGGCCGGUCAGAGGAAGGGCUGUUACGUAGGUUUCGACUGCGCCCACGCUGCAGGAAACGCUGAGCUGAAGCUGCACGACUGGGGAGUCGACUUCGCCUGCUGGUGCUCCUACAAGUAUCUGAAUUCAGGUGCUGGAGGAAUAGCUGGAGCGUUUAUCCACAAGAAACAUAAAGACACCAUCAAACCAGCGUUGUUGGGAUGGUGGGGACAUGACCUGAAGACUCGGUUCCAGAUGGAUAACAAGUUGCAUCUGCAGUCUGGUGUGAGCGGCUUCAGACUCUCCAACCAGCCCAUCCUGCUGGUCUGUCCCCUUCAGGCCAGCUUAGAGGUGUUUAACAUGACCAGCAUGCAGGCGUUACGCAGGAAGUCCCUCCUGCUGACGGGUUACCUGGAGUAUCUGAUCCGGCAUUACUACACCGAGGACCCCGCCAAGCCCCACAAACCUCACAUCCACAUCAUCACGCCCUCUGACCCUCGGCAGAGAGGCUGCCAGCUGUCGCUCUCCUUCUCCGUCCCCAUCAGAAAGGUCUUUCAGGAGCUGGAGAAGAGGGGAGUUUGUUGUGACAUGAGGGAGCCCAGCGUGCUGCGAAUCGCUCCAGUGCCUCUCUACAACACCUUCAGCGACGUUCACCGCUUUGUAAAAACACUGGGAUCAGCUCUAGGCAGCAGCAGUGCUGGCUGCUGCAAAUUCUGAAUUAAUAGUUGUGUGUAACUGACUUACUUCAAGUUAAAGGAAACAUUUGUAACGUUUCUGAUGGUGGGAUGGUUUAUGAAACCUUAAAAAUAAUGCACGCAAAUUUUCACCAGUAAAAGAUAUUUAACAGGGAUUGGCUGAAGAUUUUUAUUCCAAAAUGAAACAGUAUUUGGAAUUGGAAAAAUAAACACACAGAUAUAUAGAUUUAAAUAAAACUGAUGCUCCUGUUUUCUUGAUUUGAUUCCUUUUGCUCUGAGACAAAUGAAAUAUGCAGGAGGUUUGCCUUAAUGAAACUGUCAAAAA